UUCUUUAUUAUUUAAAAACGAGAUAAUAGGCUUUUAAUUUAAUUAAAUUUAUUUAAAAAAAAAUUUUGCUUACAUUCCCUAAAUAACCCAUAAGGGCCUAUUUUACAAAUUCGACAGAUCUCAGUCAGGAAUUCAGGAGAAAGAAGAUGUACAUAACCAAGUUUCAUUUUCUUUUUGCCGCAAAUGUUUAAAAACAAAAAGUUAGGAAACGUAAAUUAAUAAUGAACGUUGAAGAUUAUAAUAACAUUGUAUCUUUCAUUAGAAACUAUAAAGGUCUCACGAUUUAUUGCAUGAAAAGACUCGUUGAAAAAUUUCCAAGUUGCAGUUAUGACACCCUAUACAGUAUACUUCAAUUUGAGUAUCAGAAGAGAAUGAAAAUAAGUCAUCCAAGAACUCAACAUAACAAACAAAGAUUUUGGGAAUUAUAUCAACAAUCUGUUGAAAAAAAAGAGGCUCCAGGUAUAAUUGUAAGGAUUGCAGAAAAAUUUGAUAUUGGACCUUGUUUGGUAGCAAAAAUUAUUUUAAACAAAUAUUUUGAAAAGAAAAGUGAUGAAAAUGCAGAACCUGUUUCGAAUAUCAAUGUUUAUUUAAGAGAUACCUCAUUAAUAUCUGAUCCAGUAUUGGCUUAUGAAAUGUUUUUGUGUACCUUGUAUGAUAAUGUUUAUAGUCCUAUAACAGACGCCAUGAAAAGCUCUUUAGGUCAACAAUAUGAAAUUAAAUUGUAUAGAGAAGCUACACAGCUUGGUUUAGGUUUCCGCGAUGAAGAACAACUGAGGAAGUAUGGGUAUGACAAAACUCCUGAUUGUAAGUUGGAAGUACCAGUUUCCAUAAAUGGAUUCAUUAUCAAUUGGAUUGAAAGUAAAGCAUUAUUUGGGGAACCCGACGUUCAUAAGGAAUAUUUGAAAAAUCAGUAUCUAAGUUAUUGGAAUAGAUUUGGACCUGGCCUAGUAAUAUAUUGGUUUGGUUUUCUGGAUAGUAUAGUAGAACCGAAUGAUAAAAAAAUAAUUAUUAGAGACCAUUUGCCGAAGAACGUUUGUCAGCUUCCAGCUCCUAACUUUGAAUUUGUUCUAUAAGUUUAUUUUUACAAAGACUGUAUGUUUGAAUCAAUUUUUAGUUUGUUUUAUAAAUAUAAUUUUAAUUAUAAUAGAAUAUUGAUGUUUGUUAAUAUAAUGGAUUUUUUUCUUCUAUCAA